AUGUCGAAGUACGAUCGAAGGAGAGUCAACGCGCCUCCAAGCUAUGUGCCGCUCUACGAGGGCACCGGUGCAUCCUCCACAGCUUCCGGCUCGGGCACCGUAGCAACCACAUCACAACAACGACCGGACAAGCGGGCCUACGCAGAAAUGCGACCCAUCUUCCUGCAGACGAACCUGGUGCCCUCCGCCUCAGGUAGCUCGUACGUCGAGAUUGGCGAUCUUAAGCUGGCGUGCUCCGUGUUCGGCCCUCGCCAGGUGAAAGGACGACAGUACAGCGGCAAAGCAGAGCUCAACGUCGAGGUCAAAUUUGCGCCGUUCUCGUCCAGGAGAAGGCGGAGACCCGGGAAGACCACCGAGAGCGCCCACCUCUCGGGCCUCCUCCAUCAAGCGCUCCUCCCAUCUCUUCGGCUUGAUCUUCUCCCGAAAGCAUCGCUCGACAUCCACAUCAUGGUUCUUCAAACGGAUGGCUUGGAAGAGUCAUGCAUCGCGGCAGCCUGCAUCGCUGCCACCACCGCGCUUGCCUCCGCCGGCAUCGAAAUGUACGGUCUCGUCGUCGGGACUGUCGCUCUGGUUCCUUCCACUGCUGUCAAUGUGUCCGCCGACAAGCGCGUGCUUCUCGACCCAAGUUCGGCGGAUCUGGGCCUCGUGUCGGGGAUGAAGACAGCAACGAGGGUGCUGAUGUGCGGCAUGCCCGCGUUGGCGUCCGUGACUUGCUUGAACGUCUCUGCCGGGUCGAAUCAGCAAGCUGCGAAAGAGGGACAAGUCAAUGUAGAGACCGGAGCAGGGAUUGAGGCGGAGCUGUUGGACCAAGCGCUCGAGGCGGCCAAUGCAAGCUUGGUCGACAUUCACAAGGUUGUGGCGCAGGCGUUGGCGGAGGACUUUCAAAGGCGGACGGCUUUGACGAGCUCGGCUGGUCAGAACUGA